GCUGCCUCCCCCAGCAGGUAUAUAUUUGUGCAUCCACACAGUGCCGGCAGCAGUUUAGAUUUGAUCCCCAAAACAAAACGAUUACGAAAAAACCAUCUCUCUCGCUUCCUAUUAAAUAUGUAUAUCAGGCACAUGCAAAGCGUUUCACGACAGGCAUUCCGGUGCUUCCAAUUAUCUACAACAAGAACAACUAAUCGUAAUUUCGGUAUAGCUGCAAUAUCAGUAAAUAAAUGUCCGCGUUAUUGCGCUGUCCUUUUGCCAUUGUUUGCGGUUGUCGGCAAUGUUGAGUGCAGUGCGGAUUUAGCAACGAAGUCACAUUACUCCACAGCAGCUGCCGUCGACAUGUCGGACGGUGAUUACAAGAACGCAGCCUCGAUCUACGAGUUCAACGUGAAGGACACCCAUGGAAACGAUGUCUCCCUGGAAAAGUAUAAGGGCCAGGUUAUCCUUAUCGUCAAUAUUGCUUCAAAGUGUGGUUUAACUAAAAAUAACUACAAGAAGUUGACCGAUCUGAAGGAGAAGUAUGGCGAACGCGGACUGACCAUCCUGAACUUCCCAUGCAAUCAAUUUGGCUCCCAAAUGCCAGAGGCCGAUGGGGAGGCCAUGGUCUGUCAUCUUCGUGACUCUAAAGCAGACAUUGGCGAAGUCUUUGCCAAGAUUGAUGUGAAUGGCGAUAAUGCAGCGCCUUUGUAUAAGUACUUGAAGGCCAAGCAAUCUGGCACCUUGGGCAGCGGCAUCAAAUGGAACUUCACCAAAUUCCUGGUGAACAGGGAGGGCGUUCCAAUCAAUCGAUAUGCACCCACUACCGAUCCCAUGGACAUUGCCAAGGAUAUCGAGAAACUAUUGUAGAUCUCCAUAAAAAUAAACACAGACACAUAGUAUAUAAGAAUUAUAGUAUCUAAAUGUCUACAUAUAACUUAUACUGUUCUUGGCUCUACCUUAUAAACUAGUCCGACUACAAAGUGUAAUUGAUUAAUGGUUCAACAUUUUUGCUAAUAUGUUCUUAAAUAAACAGAAACUAUGAAUUUGAUUGUAUGAA